AUGGCAACACCAACGGGUAAAGCACAUUGUGUUAAAUGUGGCAAAGAAAAAUGCACAUCAAGGUGUGAAGGGUGUCUACAAGACUUUUGUUUUAAGCAUAUAGGGGAUCAUCAGCAGGAAUUACAUGGACAGCUCAAUCUAAUAGAAUUUGAUCGUGAUUUAUUUAGACAAUCACUUACUGAACAAACAAAGGAUUCAACUGCUCAUCCAUUAAACAAGCAUAUUGAUGCAUGGGAACGUGUUUCUGUCGGAAAAAUUCAAAACACAGCAAACAAUGCUAGAUUAUUGUUGACUAAGCAUAUCAAUGAACAUAUCAGUGGAAUCGAAGCUAAACUUGAUAAAUUAACCAAGCAAUUAAGACUGAUUCGUGAAGAAGAUGAUUUUAACGAGAUAACUUUACUUCAGUUGGACACAGAAUUAACACGAUUAACAUCAGAAAUGAAUAAACCACCCAAUAUCUCAAUUCUAUCGGAGUCUUCAUUAAAUAUCAGCAAUCUUCGUGUCUAUAUAUCUGAUAGUGAAACUGCUUCGACUAAUGAAUCAUCUGUCAACCAUACAAGUGUUGCUGUUAGCUCUGUUGAUGGCAUUCAAACAAAAUCAAAAGUCAGAAUACAAAAUGAACAAAGAAUGGCUUCUUUAAUGAACAGACUUGGCACAACUCAUCUACAAAUUGAUGAAUAUUCUCGUCAUCGUACUGAACAAAUUUCAGGAGGAGUAGCUGCUGCUAUUAGCGAAAUUGUUGCUGACACUAGUAUUCACCAACAAAUGCUUUUAGCUGAUGCAAAUAUACGUUUAGCAGCUAUUGAAGAAGAAUAUAAACUUAAGUUACAAGAAUAUGUUAAAGAACUUGAUGUUGUUAGAGCACAAGAAUUAUCAAAACAUGAAAAAGGUUUAAAUUUACAUUCAGCAGCUAUUGAAGUAGAAUAUAAACAUAAAUUACAACUAUAUGCUGAAAAAGUUGAUGCUUGUAAAGCAUCAUGUUUCUCGCAGCUUGAAAAAGAGUACAAUGUACGUCAAGAACUCAUUCUUGAAAGUGCUCGAAUGCGUAUUGAUGAGUUAAAUGAAGAAGCUAAUCGUUUGAAAAUGGGUGUUUCACGUAAAGCACAAGCCAAUGCUCAAAAUAUUUAUAUUGAAAGUCUUCUUGCUCUAUUACUUAUCGAGUCAGAUGAUAUCAAAGAAGGUUAUUUGAAUGUCUUAGAAUCAUUUUCAACAGUAACUGAUGUUCGACAAUUUUAUCAAUUUCUUCAAUCUACUUCUGGAAUAAAAUAUUGGAAUUUCUUUAUUGAUUCUAUACGUUUACUUCGAUCGCAAUCGAAUCGUAUCGAUAUUUCACAUUUAAAUUUUAUCUAUAAAUAUUAUUCUCAACAGCAAGAAUUCCGUUCGAUUACCGAUACAGUUUGGUUUCAAAUGGCUAUCAAUGCAAUGUAUCAAUUACGUACAUAUUGGUUACCUCGUUAUCUUGGUCAACAAUCGAAAAUAAAUCCUUUUACAAUCCAACCAGUUCUGAAUCAAAUUGAGAAUAAGAGUAUUACAACACUUUCAAAUCAUUCAUCUCAUUCUAAUUCAACAAUAAAUGAACCUGAAUUAAUUAAAUAUACUCUUGAUAAUAUUUCAUAUCUUAAUUAUAAUCCUCAACAAUAUAUACUCAUUGAUCCAUCCAAAGAACAUGAUUUUCUACAAGAUAUCGAAACAGAUAUUAAGAUAAAAUUUGAAAAUACAUCUUCUGAUCGUUCAAUUGAAGACUAUGCGACAGAUACUAAUCUCGAAUUAUUCUAUCGUAUACUUGUUUCAGACAUGUUAGCUGGAUUUCCAUUUUUUGACUACAUCUCUCAAACGAUUCCACUUCAAAAUUGUAUUCGUUUUAUUACUGAUGCUGAAAUUCUAUUAUCUAUUCCUUCAGGAAAUUUUCAAGAAAAAAUUCUUCGACAAUUUAUCUCACGAUACCUUGAAGUAACAGCUACCAAUGAAUUACCUACACAAAUCUUUGAUAAUAUCGAUGAACAAAAAGUUGAAUUGAUUAAAGAAUUACUAAACAAAAACAAUCAUGAAUAUUCUCUUCUAGGGAAAAUUUUAUUAAAAAUUACAAAAUUUUUAAUUCCACAUUUUCUUAAUUAUAUUAAAUUCGAUCGACUUCGUUUUCUUCUUCAAGUAUAUUCUAUGACUUUAAACAGAAAUCAUCUCAUCGAUGAACUUCAUCAUCUUGUACCUCUGGUUAAAUUCGAAACACUGCUAUCAGAUCAAACUACGAAUGAAAAACAGACAAAUUCUAAUGAAAUAAAUAUUCAAAAUUGUAGCGGACAACCCAUUGAUUUUCUACAUCGUACUACAACUGAAAAAUUAGUUAAUACUGAUGAACAAUGUGAAUUUCCAUCAGGUGAACGAUUUCCUCCAUUGACUGAUGAUGAACUUGAACAAGAAUUACAACAAUUCUGUCCAAAAUUUAAAUGGAAAGAUAUUAAAACUAUCCUUGGUAAAUCAUUUCAUGCACCAAUUCUUUCUCAUCAAGUAAAUGAUUUUACAUACGAAAUCGAUCGUUAUAUAACAAAUUUAAUGAAUGAAGGUCUUAAUCUUUUACAAACAGAUAGUAUUUCAACUUCCAUAGCAUUUCUACAACGAAUUACGAAUGAUAUAUCUUCUCAUACAGAAAUGAAAUAUCUUUCAUUAAUUGGUUCGUAUUUUAUUAAUUCACCUAAUGUACCUUCUCAUCUUGAAACUAAAUCGAUUCACCAACAAUUUCAUGAAUCAUUUUAUUUUUCGCCAAAAGAUAAAAGUAAUGAAAUUAAAAAUACUAGAAAUGAAACAUUUUAUUCUGAAAAAAUUGAUCAAGAAAAAUUAUUUACAUUUAUUCAAAAUGAAAUCAAUAAUUCUCAAUGGCCUUUACAUGAAUAUAUUGGUAUGAAAGGACAACGAGCAUGGCGAGCAUUAAAAUUAGCAGCAGAUAUAUCAAAUUUUAAUAGCGAAUUUACAUUAAACUAUCAUCAUGAUUUCGAUUGGAUAUCAAAUGAAUAUGAUUUAGGUUCAUUUAAUGAAAGAAAUUAUUUAAUUAUACGAGAUUUCGAAAGACGUAUCGAACAACAAAAAUAUUCGAUUAGCAAAGACAGCUGUUAG